AUGCAUCAACGACAGAUUAUAUUUCAAUCAAUUUUACCAAAUCAACUUGAUCCAGCCAGAUUUUCAAAACCGAUUAUUGAUGGAAUUGAACAACCUUUAACAAUAACAUCAAUGAAUGGUGAAUGUACAGUUCAAUUACCGUUAUCAUCAAAAAUAAAUCGACCAAUAAAAGAUGAUUUUGACGAUGAUGAAUUAGUUGCAUAUGCUGAAAAUCUUGAAAAUAUUCCUGAAAAAAUUUUAUUAAAAGAAGAUCGAAAAAAAAAAGAUAUUGAAAAUAAUCCAUUAUAUAAAUAUCGUCAUGGUAUAUUAUCAGUAUCAGAUAUAUCAUCUCAAAUUUGGUGUGAACAACAAUUAACAUAUAAAUUUCUUUAUCCAUUUAUUCUUAAUGAUGAUGGAGAAAUAAAACGUGUUGAUGAUAAAAUUCAUAUGUUACGUGGAACAUCAUUACAUUUAGAUAGAGAAUUAGAAAUUCAAAUUAAAGUUUCUAUUGAAUGCCAAACACGUGAAGAUUCUUAUGGUAUACGUUUAUUAAAUAUGAUACAAGCUAUUCAUGGUUUAUUAACAUGGAAUAAACUGGAUCAACCUUAUAUAACACGUGAAAUGCCUAUAUUUGGAAAUAUGUAUGAGGGAAAAUUAUAUUUUCGUGGUAUAAUUGAUGAAAUAAAUUAUGAUCCACGUACAAAUCAAUUAGAAGUUGUAGAAUUUAAAACACGUGCAUCAAAAACAACACCCAAACCUCAACAAACUUAUACACAUAAAAUUCAAGUUAAUAUUUAUAGAACAUUACUUGAUGAACUUAUACAAGGACAAGUUGAUAAAACACUUUAUUUUCAACGUUUUAAUCUUGAACCAACUACAAUUUUAUCUGAUUCUAUACUAAACCAAUAUAAUCAAUGUGGUUUUACUCAGAUUAAUACACUUGAAAAUGCUUUUGAUUUAUUAAUUAAAUUAGCUUUUCAAAUGCCUACUAUAACAACUAAUGGUGCAAUUGAAUAUAUUCUUCAAUCAGAUCCAACAUGGAAAAAUCGAAAAGAAUUUGAUCGUGAUGAAAAUAAUCUUAAAGAAUUACUUAUUAAAAGUGAAGGAUAUUGGCUUGGUAAACGUGAAGCUGAAGGUGUUGAUAUUGAAGAUGCAUAUAAAUGUCAAUGGUGUGAUUAUAAAGAAAUGUGUACGUGGAGAGAAGAAAAAUCAAAUGAAUUUUCAAGAAAAAAACGACGAAUUAAUUAA